UCUUUCUAUCUAAAGCGGGAUAGCUAAUUCACUAUGGCUUGGAAGAAAUACUAAUUCUCUUUGGGGUUUUCCUCUUUAGCGGUGGGUCUCGGAAAAGUUCAUUGUUGAGGGCUUAAGAGAUUUGGAACAUUUGGAGACCAAUGAGGCGAGCUCAGAGUCGAUAGCAUCCUUCUCUAAACAAGAAAUCAUGAGCAGCUUUCUGCCAGAGGGAGGGUGUUAUGAGCUGCUCACCAUUAUAGGCAAAGGAUUUGAGGACCUGAUGAUAGUGAAUCUAGCAAGGUACAAACCAACGGGAGAGUAUGUAACAGUCCGAAGGAUUAACCUAGAAGCUUGUUCCAAUGAGAUGGUGACGUUCUUACAGGGGGAGCUUCAUGUCUCUAAACUCUUCAACCAUCCCAAUAUUGUGCCAUAUCGAGCCACCUUUAUUGCAGACAAUGAGCUGUGGGUUGUCACAUCAUUCAUGGCAUAUGGUUCUGCAAAGGAUCUCAUUGGUACACACUUCGUGGACGGCAUGAAUGAGCUGGCGAUUGCUUACAUCCUGCAGGGGGCGCUAAAGGCCUUGGACUACAUCCACCACAUGGGCUAUGUGCACAG